AUGUUACCGUUCGCUUUUGAUGCGGAGCUACGUAUUUUAGGGUUCGCUCAGUUCAUCCAGAAAUCGUCCGAAAUGGAAACGGAAGCUUUUAAUACCGAAUUAUUUAUAGAUGAAAUAGAGAAACGUCCUGCGGUAUGGGACAUGACAAGUAGCGUUUAUUCAGAUAAGAACUUAAGGAGACGGGCUUGGGAAGAACUCGUCCUUAUAUUCUGUGAAGGGGAUGAAAAUGAAGAAAAGAAAAAAAGGCUUUCAACAACAUGA